AUCAGACAUAGCCCGCUCUACUUGGUCAUUACUGCUGAUAGCACACCGCUGUGAUAAGGCUAUGUGAACUGUAAGCGUGUACUGAGCAGCACCACGGGGCCUUGUUUAAUUUUAUAAUGCCAUAUAUAGAAUGUCUGCAUACACCUGAGUACGUACGACCAGAGCAGUAACAACAAUCACCCGUCACUGUAUUAUUGAUAGCGCAAUCCCUGAAACCUCAGUCGACAUGAUGUACGAACUGGCAGACACCGACCACAUCCUCGCCAAGGCGAGGUACGGCAACCCACGGAGACCCCUACUUAUCUGCGGACUCGUCGCCCUGGUGUUGGGGCUUGUCCUAGGUCUCCUGAUCGGUCGCUUCGGACUGUGUCCGGACAACGAACCAGAACCAGCGUCACAGAAAAAUGGAGUAUUCCUACCAGGUGUUUCAAAACAGAUUAUCCAAGAUGGCGACCCAACGAUCAGUGAUCUACUCAUCAAUAGCAUCAGCAGUGAAAACAUCAGGCAAUACCUGCAAGACCUGUCUGAGCUACCCCAUCUCGCGGGGACGGACGCUGACUACCACCAGGCUAAGGAGCUACACGACUUCUGGAAACAGGAGGGACUGGACGAGGUCUACAUCACGCCGUAUGACGUCCUGUUGUCAUACCCAAACGUCACUGAUGACGACAUGAUGAACCGAAUAGAGCUGAUCAACGCCACCGGCGGAGUAGUGUACCAGUCUCCGCUAAGGGAGGCAAUUCUACACCCGAGUGAGAACAAGAGUGGUGUGGUACCGCCCUUUAAUGCCUACUCCCCACCAGGGGAUAUACUGUCUGAGCGACUCUUUUAUGUAAAUUAUGGUAGAGUAGAGGACUAUUGCGGCACAGAUACCAACAACUCUCUGAACGUCACCGGAAGUGUCGUCAUAGCACGGUACGGCAAGAUAUUCAGGGGCGACAAGGUGAAGAUCGCAGCCCAACAUGGAGCUAUAGGCAUUAUCAUCUUCUCCGACCCUGCCGACUACACAUUGGACGGUGACACGUCACGUGUCUACCCAGAUGACUGGUGGCUUCCUCCAACAGGGGCCCAACGGGGUACAACAUAUCUACGAACUGGUGACCCUUUGACCCCGGGAUACCCUGCAACAGACACGGCAUUCCGAAUCCAAGAGGACAGUCCAGAGGCCCAGCUGCCAACUAUUCCUGUUCAUCCUAUUGGAUAUGGAAUUGCCCAGAAAAUCCUCGAGCAGAUGUCUGGUGAUGUGGUACCAGAGGACUGGAGAGGCAAGCUUAACCUUACUUACAGAUAUGGCGGCAAACUGAAGGAGACCGGUUGGAAGAUCCGAAUGUUUAUUUCUACUCAGAACGCGAUGCGUCGAACCUUUAAUGCGUUUGGGAUCCUCCGUGGAGCUAUAGAGCCAGACAGGUACGUGUUGAUGGGUAACCAUAGAGACGCGUGGGUGUUUGGUGCCAUUGACCCCUCAAGUGGCACGGCCGUUAUGAAAGAAGUCUCAAGGGCAAUGGGCAACUUGGUGAAACAAGGAAAAUGGCGGCCGCGGCGUACCAUCAUAUUCUGUAGUUGGGGUGCGGAGGAGUACGGGCUUGUGGGCUCCAGCGAGUGGAUAGAGCAAUACGUGAAAAACCUGGCCGCCCGUUCCCUGGCUUACGUCAAUGUGGACAUCGCCGUAGAAGGAAAUUACACGGUUGAAAUAAAAGCGACUCCACUUAUGUACCGCAGUUUGUACGACGCUACCAAAAAGGUGAAAAAUCCUAACCAAGAGGACCUCGCCAAAGGUAUGCCGACAGUGUAUGAUAAAUGGCUCAGCACAAGCCCCACCAACGGUUCUUCCUUACCCAAGAUCCCCUUCCUUGGAGCCGGAAGUGAUUAUGCCAGGUUUGUGCAGUCUGUGGGACUUCCUUGCGCUGACAUGUCUUAUACGUACGAUAAAAAAAAGUAUCAUCUUGGUUCCUACCCACUGUACCACUCUGUGUAUGAGACCUUCUACGCCAUGGACGAGCUCAUUGACAGAGGAUUCAAGCAUCACGAGACUCUAGGACAGAUAGUAUCAGAAAUAUGUCGUAAUCUGGCGGACAGUCUCAUCAUACCCUUCGAUGUCAUUGAUUUUGCUAAACAACUUGAACAACUGGUCCGUGUUCUGGACAAAGACUAUGGCAAACUACUCAGGGACAAUGGUAUUCGGUUUGAAUGGCUAGAACAAGCAACGCAGAACUUUACCGCUGAGGCCAAUAAGUUCCAUGAUUUGGUAGAUAAGGUCAAUAAAAACAAUCCGUUUGCCAUUCGACAAAUUAACGACCAGCUGAUUCAGUUGGAAAGGGCCUUCAUUGACCCGGCUGGACUCCCAGGGAGGCCUCUCACCAGACACAUCUUGUUCGCACAAAGUAGUGUGAACACCUACGCAGGUAGCAGUUUUCCAGGGCUGGUGGACGCCCUGUUUGAGAUAGAGAACACGCCCCCUGCUGAUCGAGACCGGAGAUGGAAUGUGGUUAAGCAACAUUUCUCCGUCAUCGUUUUUACUAUAGGAUCAGCUCAGUCAACGCUCAGAGAAGUCACAAAAUUCAUGCCGGACUGAUUUGACGAUACGGAUUUAAUAUCACCUCAUUAUAUUACCAAACUUGUCCUUUUGUAUAUGUGCUCCUCCUUUACAACGAUCACUGUCUUUACCGGCUUGUCGAGUAAAUCACUUAUAUAGAGAGGUUCUCCAACUAGCGAUGGUUGGUUAUUAUGUUUAUUUAAACCAAGUCAGUUAAUGUUCAAAUCAUAUAAAGACACGAAGUUUACCGACUGGCUUUUACAAUUGGGAAAAUAAAUUAAUGGAAGUUAGAAAAAAAUAAGAUUACCAGCCAUCAAGAGUUUGGAAACCUUUUUUCUUCCACAAAGUUUAGAUUUUAUUUGUAAAACAACAGGUUUCCCUUGAUGAUGGGGAAAACAGUUGCCAUGAUUGAUGGCGUCACCAUUGAAGAUGACGUCGCAAAGCGUUGUUACCUGACGUCAAAAUAAGAAAAUUGACAAAUGAAUUUCUACCACGUACAUACUGUAUAGUUGUUUAAUUUCUCAGGACUUAUAUCUCACAGUUGUUUUGAUCAGAACUAGUUCGCGGGAAAUAAAUUUAGCGCAACACAGUCAGGUAAAAUAUAGCGCUCACGAAAGUACCUCUGUGCAAUGGAAUUUAUUAUAUAAGUGUUUUGUGAAUUUAAGGUAAAAUGCGAUAAUGAAUUGUUCAAUCUUCAUUAUUCGGCAUAAUUCAGGGUAUUGCUAUUCGCUAAGCAUUUACUUUCUUGCUAUAAUUGAUGACCGCGUAUAUAGCGAUAUCAAAUUCCCAGCGAAUACUACCAACUAAGCAGUGUGUUCAUUGCAAAGUGUGAAAUGUUUAAUGGUCAAACCAAUUUGGCCUUGAUUAUGAUGUCCUAAUAUAAAGUCAGUAGAAAGUUACAACCGUGUAUAUCUACAGGUAAAGUAAAACAUCAAUAGAUUCGUAUAAAGGAACUAUUUUUUCUCCGUUGACAUAAACAUUAAAUAGUUGAAUUCUUCAUCAGUUUGUACAAACUUGACGGGGGGAUGGAGAUUCUAAAUAUUGUGUAAUAAUGGGUACAUACGUAUGUAGCUAAAAACACAAUUUUCUAAGAAUACCUCAUGAAAAUAAUAAUUGCACAGAAGCAAAACAAUAUAUAUAGUUACAAAAUGCAAUACUGUACUAAGUGAGUGCCAUAAGGAUCCUUUUUUAUUCUAUGUUCUUUCACGUUUGGUACCUUGUGCUUGACAGAAUUCACAUAAUUCUAGUGUGCUAUAUUAUAACAGGUUAUCAUUGAUAAUUUCACAAUUGUGAUGGCGGAAAAUAUGUCACUGUGUGCGUGUGCGCGUGCAUGCUGUGGAGGGGGUUUAGUAAAACAUAAUUAUGCCUAUUAAGCAGCCGACGAUAUUGAUUGUAAAAGCUAUGGAUAGAUGGAGGACGCUAGAUGGAAAAUGGUACAGGUAAGUCUUGAUAGAAAGCAUGUGUAUCUCAAUGAAAAUUGCCAUGGGCAAAACUCGAGUAAAGCCGAUUUUGAUUUGUGUCGCAGAUAAUCACCCAACUGUAAACAUUCAGUAUCAUUAUAGUAUAUCCUGGAAUUCUGACUAAACAGAGGCAAAACAACAUUUGUAUCCACAAACUUCAAUACUGUAUCAAGAUAAUAAUAAGUGUCAUUUAUAAAAUGUUUUAUUAUAUGUGCUCUUUCACGUUCGGUAACUUGUGCUAGAUAGAAUAUCACGUUGUUUUGUGUGUUAUUUGGCAACAUGUUAUCAUUGAUAUUAUUUCAAUUAAGACGAUUGAAAAUAUGUUCUCUUGUGUGUGUGUAUGUGUGUGUGUGUUGGAGAGUAAAUGUUACGACUUAUGAUCACAAGUAGCUAACGGUAGUUUAGUUUAAACAGUUUUAUUGUCGUAAAUAAGGACAAUUGAACACGGUAUUGAUUGUAACUAAAAGCCAUGAAUGAUGAGAAUUAAGCAUAAUUAUGGAAGGAGACAGGUAGGCUUAGAGGGAGAAUGGAAUUGUGAGAAAACCGCUUUUGUCAAACUUGAGUAAACUGAAUAUUGAUUUGUGUCGUUGACGUACAGUACAUCUGUAUCAGUAUAAUAUCCCAACUGUACAGUACAUCUGUAUCAGUAUAAUAUUCCAACUGUACAGUACAUCUGUAUCAGUAUAAUAUCCCAACUGUACAGUAUCAUUAUAGUAUACGGUUUUCAUUUCAAGUUUAUUUUGUGAUACUUUCAGUCGACGUUUUUUUAUUCUAUUUCAUUCGAGCAUUACGCAAACUGUUUGGAGCUUUGAAACAAGAUUAUACGGACUAUAAAAGGUUGGGACCGAAUCAUCUUAAGCUGAUGUAGAGAAACACUCGGGCCAAACGACCUGUACAGAUGAAGUUGGUUUAUAAACGAAGGCAAAUUUUGCCUCUUUGUCGUUAUCACGGUGUAAUCGAAAUCCGGUAAAAUAAAAUGCCUAAGCAGUGAUUUCAAAACUGAUCACAUAUGAUUAUCAAAUGUCGCUGGUUCAUACGUAUACAUGUUCAAGAUAUCAAUAUUUUCUGUAUUAUACUUGUAUUAUCUUAUCCAAUUAAUAU